CCUUUGAGAGAAGGAGGCGAUUGUCAUGGAGUUUGGGUGGACGCCGACAAAGGAAAGGUCUCACGCGGUGGCAUGGGAUCCGCGCGUGAGCGUCAUCUUGGGCGAUUGGUUCCAAAGCAGCAUAGGUACCGGAUUGCUGAGAGUGGUGGCAGGGGCAUUCCAGCGCUUUGGGCUGGAGCUGGAUUACUCACCAGGGGCGUCGUGGUUCUACGAUGGGGAUGGGUCGACUGUGUCGGAGCUCAAGUGGAAGAUCUGGACUGUGGCCAUCGCCCACGUCCUCCGGGUUCCCAUCCCGGAGGUUUUCUUGCACCUCUUCAUCGCUGCCGAUUAUUUCACGCGCCAGCGAGGUCGCCUCAACGAGCAACGUUGCGGUGACCGGACAGUGCUGAGCUUGGUGUUCCCUUGCUGCUACGCUGUACGAAAGCUUGAAAAGCUCAAGGUUCACUCGCCAGACACUGAAGCGAUGGCCUCACCGGAAGGAAUUUCAUAUCUUGUGUCGCUCUUGUCCAGAGUUCCUUGUACUCUCUCGACGCGAGCAUGUCUUCUGGAUGCCAUGCGCCUGUUUGAUGUGACCAAGCCACUCACCGUGCUCUUCUUCGGGUGGCUGCAGCUCCAGAUCCAAACAAAGAAGCAGCCGCUCGAAUGGCUCGACGCCUUCGAAGCUCAAGCCAAAGCUGGCCUCGGGGGGCACCUGGGCAACCUCUUGCUCUUCUUCCUAGACGCCAUGCGAUCAUACGGGCUUAAGGGUCUCGUACUGCCAUCCACGAGGGGCAUCAAGAGGAUCUAUAACGUGUGGUUCAAGGAACUCAUGGUAGAGUGGGAGUCGAUCGAUCUCACCCCCGGCGUCCGCCAGGUGUUAGAGGAGGUAGUGAUACACAAACCUGUCGAGUGGGACGAUAGCAUUCGUGUGAGUCUGGAGCGCUGGGUUCGAAGGUGCUCGCUCGUUUACCAGUACAGGCCCCGCGAGGUUUCAUACUUUAUGGACUUUACGGAUGCAAGCUUGCAAAUCGGCCGUUUGCUCUACACUUGGACACUCACAGAGAAGGGGAAGCGAGACCAUGCCGAGCUCCAGACGCUGUGCUCGACGAGCAAGUCGAUCGUGGAGCACGCACAGUCGGUAACAGCAGGAAGCAGCGAAGAGCGCGAGCUCUACCGUGCCGCCGCUGCCGUUUUCGGCAAAGAUUUUAGCGGCCAUUUCGCGCAGCUGUGCAAGAACGCGCAGUGGCAGGAUGGGGCGGUCCCUUUCUCGCAAUCCGAGCUGGGAGAGAUAAGGGAGCUGGCAUGGAGCGGGCAGUUUUUGAUCUUCAACUUCCAGUACACAGUUCCGGAGCAUUACUUUGACGGCGGCGCUAAACAACUGAGAAGCGAUGUCCCGGUCGGUGCCAUGAUCGUCUACAUUGUUCACCUAAUAUUUGAGGAUCAUUUGGCUCUAGACAUUGAUCGCAAAACGUGGACACAAGAGUGCAAGAUGGCUCUAAAUAGUCACCCCAAUCUUGCUUUAAUCAAGAACCAGGGAGGCAUUUUCAUUCCAUCAGAUGCGACUAGGAAGACGUGUCUAAUCGUUAAGAAGUGGGUAGAGUCUCCCAGAUUACAAAGGGCCGUGAGAGCCAGCGCUGGUGAAAUAGACGAUGCUAUGGUCAAGGCGAUUGCAGCAGGUGGCACAUAUUAUGACGAGGAACGCAAAGAUGUAUGGGCAAGAAUUUGUAGGGUUUUCAAAAUGAGUCAUGAGAGGCUCUCACUACAUAUUAUAGCAUACUCAGUUUUCAAAGAAAUAGUUUAAGAGUAUGCUUAAAUUGUAUA